UCUGAUUAAGUCCGGUAUUAGUACUACAUUUAUAUGGGUACCAGCUCAUAUAGGUGUAAGAGGUAAUGAAUUAGCAGAUAAGUGUGCAAAGAAAGCAGCAGAGCUGCCUGAUAUAGAGGUGAAUAUUAAAUACAGUAAAGCUGAUGUCAAAAGUAUAAUUAAAGCUAAAACAAAUGCUAAAUGGCAGUUUUGGUGGGAUAAGGAACAGUCUGGGAGGCACCUGUAUAGAAUUCAAGGAAAGGUGGGGAAGAACAGGAAUGCACAGAUGUAAGCAAGAAGAAGACAUUGUGUCCAGAAUGAGGCUAGGACAUACAGGAUUAAAUGGAACAUUAUUUAUAAUGAAAAAGCAUGUUGAUGGAAUGUGUGAAUAUUGAAAAAGUCAAGAGACCAUAGAGCAUGUAAUAAUGUAUUGUCCUAAAUAUCAUCAAGCCAGACAAAGAUUGAUUUCACAACUUGUUGAAAACCAGAUGACAUUACAUUUACCUGAUAUACUGCAAAAAGGGUCUGGUGAAAUUUGUUUAAAUUUUUUGUUUUCUUUUUUGAAGAUAACUGGGUUAUUUAUAAGGAUUUAAGAAAGUGUAGGUUGACCUCUUGAACCACACUCCAGCCCAGAUGGUGGCGGUAAUGCUCCAAAAGCUGGUUGCCAACCGCCAUUCAAAAUCACAAGAAGAGUGUGAGUGUGACCAGUGUGACGCGGUGUGACGCAGAAUCGCUGAACAGGCAGAAUAUUUCUACUGUCAAGAUGGCGACAUCCGAGCCGAAGGCACCCGAAACUGUAGAACCACCAACUGAAAGCCAAGUCGUUGCAAAUCCUGAGCAGUAUAUCAAGCACCCCUUGCAAAACAGAUGGGCCCUGUGGUAUUUCAAAAACGACAAGAGCAAAAGCUGGACAGAGAACUUGCGUCUCAUUUCCAAGUUUGACACAGUUGAAGACUUUUGGGCAUUAUACAACCACAUACAGCAACCAAGCAAACUUGGCUUUGGCUGCGAUUAUUGUUUAUUUAAGGAUGGGAUCAAGCCAAUGUGGGAGGACGAUAGGAACAAGCUGGGGGGUCGAUGGCUGAUGACUCUCAAUAAGCAACAGAGACACAAUGACCUUGACCGCUACUGGAUGGAGACGCUCUUGUGUUUAGUCGGUGAGUCAUUUGAUGAGGCAAGUGAAGAUGUGUGUGGAGCUGUGGUCAACGUCAGACCUAAAGGUGACAAAAUAGCCAUCUGGACAAGCAACUGCCAAAACAGGGAAGCCAUCAUGACGAUAGGGCAAAAUUAUAAAGAGCGUCUGAACCUCCCCAUCAAAGCCUUGAUUGGCUACCAGUCGCAUGACGACACAUCCAGCAAGAGUGGGUCCACCACCAAGAACAUGUACUCCGUUUGAAAAACUCCACCACCCCCAUUUCAACUUGCUGUAGAUUUAAACAAUUACAGACCGCAUCAUCACAAUAAUAAUUUUGAGUUGUCAAGUGUCUUUUCCUUUUUUUAUUGAAAAGAGAAUUGUUCAUAGUGUAUACAGCUGGAGCUUCCCGCAACAUGACAAACCAGUGGGGUGAUGUUUAUAAAUCGGGAGGAGGCCAGAAAGGAGUAUUUAGUUCAAAAUGUAACUGGUGAGCGAGAUAAUACAAAUUAUUUCCUUUUUAGAGUUGAAGAGUUCUGUGAUUAAUACCGGUGGCCUCCCCUAGCUUAGCUAAGAAAAAUGUUUUUUUCAGUACUUAAUAACUAAAACUAUACAGUCUUGCGUUUUUCUUAUGCUGAGUUCUCACUCAGUACAAAAGCUGUUUCUCACCUCACAGGUAAAGAAAGUCAACUUAUCCUUUCACUGAACAAUUUUUAAUGGCAAUUUUAACUUGAUUUUUCCAGAAGUGUUACGCAUGAGUUGGGUUUUCAGACACACCCGCUUGAAGAAUCUACAGUAUCUUAAAGGUUUGUAAAAGCUGUGGUCGCACUCCAAAGCAUAUGGUUUGGAUUUGGGGCCACUUAUUGUUUCAGCCAUGCUGGAAUUGUGGAAUAUUGCUUGUAGAACUUUUUAAACUUUUUUUCUUCCCCUUACAUUUAUUUAUAAUGUAUGCAUUGCAGUUGAAUUACUUAGUUGAAAGACGACCAUGAAAUGUUUUUUUUUUUUUUUUUUUUUUUUUUAUAUAUAUAGUACUGCAUAUAGAUGAAUUUUUUUACUAUUAAGUAAAGAUGCUGAAAGAAUUAGGUGUGCUUUUCACUGUUUUCUUCCUAACAAAAACUGUAGAUAAUGUCACACUCCUCUCUUGUUUAAUGCAAAGAAAAGAUAUUCAUUGUGAAAUGAUUUUGCUGAUAAUGUAUCUUUAUCUGUAAUUCCAGGAUGUAUAUUACCUUCUUUCAAGUAAAGGUUAAGUGCUUUGCAUUAAAACCA